AUGUCACUUUUCAGAACUUUGCAAUCUUCGCCAGCAACAGUUACCAUCUUUCACAACACCAAAAUCCCCUUGUCGAACCAAUUGUAUGAUAUCUUGAACAAGACGUACGAUACUUUACCGGAGAAGCCAAAAUAUGACUUUCAAAUCGACUUGAUGCAGGACAAGAUGCCCACUUAUGACCAGUACGAGACCUUUGUCACCAAGUUCCUCAAGUCGGAGCAGGCCAAAAAGACCUUGCACGACGCUUUCCCAUUCGUGAAAGAGCAAGAGACGACUCUUCUCAACGACAAGGGCUCGCCCAUCACCGUCAAGGGAGCCGAGUGGGCAAACAAGGUCUUUUCAUCGUCGGAGUACCGUUUAUUGUAUGACACUUUCAACCAAUUGGAGGAAAAGGCCGGCGCCAAGAUCGCUACGAAGCCCCUGGACGUGUUCAAAGCACCCUUGGUGGUGGAUUGGGACCAAGACAAGUUGGCGGGCGACGAGCAAACCUUGAAGGAGCUUUUAGCUAAAUAUGUUGAUCAAUAG